UAAAAGAAUAAUCAAAUGGCAAGACGUUGCAGAAUUAUUCUAAAAGAUAUAAUAAAAGGAUUCAAGAAGCUGACAGACGAAGGGGAGAACAAGCAAUGGAUGGAGGACAUAAGAGGGAACCUGGCUAUGGUGGCCACCGUGAUCGCAACCGUAACCUUUCAAAUGGGACUGAAUCCACCGAGCGGCAUUGUCCAGAACGGUGAGGACGGGAAUGUAAGUUGUUCAAAGAUGGUUAAAUUAGGAGGAAGCAAUUAUGAAUGCCCCGGAAUAUCCGUUAUUGCAGGAGGUGAAAGAGGAUUUCAAUUCAGCGUAUUUGUGACCUUCAACAACCUGUCUUUCGCUUCGUCUCUGUUGGCAUGUUUCUUUCUCGUGAGCAGGGUUCCUCUGCAUAAGCCACUCGCCAUCUUGCUCAUGGCAGUCGACAUGUGCUUCUCUCUUGGUGCCCUUGGAAUAGCCUAUUGCGUCGGUGUUUUCAUGACCGAACCGCAGAAUAUCAGCUUCGUCAGGCAUUUGUCCAUCAUGAUAUCCGUCAUUAUCUUCUUUGCAAUUGUGGUUUUCUAUCUUCUUUUUUGCCUUUUAAUUAUCUUCAAAGAGUUCUUGAAAGGAAAUGAGACCAUUAAUGCUGCACCUUCAUCAUCAACUAUUGCUCCAACUCUAGAACUAAUCUAAAAUCCGUAGUAUUACUAGUAACAUAAAAAUUCAAUUUUUAGUUAUUUUGGGGUUUGGUUCC